UCAUUUGGAUGUAUUGGCAAAACAAGUUUUUGUAAAACUCUUGGUAAAUUAUCUUUAGUAUUAGAUAUAGCAGCUCUUGAUACUGCAAUUAAUGACAUUUCUGUGAUUUUUGGCAUACUACAGACUUCGUCUGUGAUCUAAAUACAAAGUGCGCCAAAAUACCAGUGAUUUUUUUGCUGGUCGAUAUUUCAGAUUCUGAGACACAAAAUCCCACUUCAUGUCCAUUUUAUUCUAUCUUUAAUCAAUGGUGUGACAUAAAAAUGCAUCGGUACCAAACUAAUACACCUUUUAAAAUGAUGUCUACGGAUUUAAUAAAUAUCGAUGGCAACAUAAAAAGAGUGCAGAAAGAAACUUUGACACCUUAUAAAAUAGCAACUGUUAUUUUGAUUAAAGAAUAUUGUAAUGAAACAACGAAAGUCUCCUGAUAUGGAUCUUAAUACACUUUUAAAUAUAUUACAUUCCCCCGAAUAUAUUUUACAUCGGUUCGCACGUCAGAUGGAAGUGCAAUUGAAUAUGUUGACGGGAAAAGGAGUUGAAGGAUUAUUAGAUUUAUUUGAUAAUGUUGGACGCCUUAUGAAACCAACAUUGGAUCACUCUCUUUCUUUACCUGCUUUAAAUAAAAAUUCGGUGCUUGGAUUAUAUAUAAGAAGAGUUAUCAUCUUUUUUGAAAAAUUACCUUUUGAUCAAGUUGUAGCUCUUUACGAAGCUUUGAAGAAAUACUUAGAUAAAAGAAUUAAUACUUUUGAUGGUUCUGAUAUAUCUCCAGAUUCGAAAACAGAAAAUUUAUAUUCAAAUGAAAUUAAAACAACAUGGGGUGGAAGACAAGCUGAAUUACUUGUUGCACAGCAAGCACAUACUAUACAAACAGAUGAACAUAAAGCAAUGCCUCCUGCAGAGCUGCAAAGUCUUGUACGAGAACUUUUAAGUUGUAGUCCUUAUUAUGCUGAAGCUCAUUAUUUAAGUUAUUUAAACUGUUUACGGGUCAAUGAAUAUUGUGGAGCUAUAGAUAGUCUUUAUCAUUGCUUUGAUAGAUUAGCACCUUUGGAAAAUCGUUCUACGCCUGAAGAUAAAUCUCGUAUUUUCAGAUAUGCAGCUUUAAAUUUAGCAGUUUUACAUGCUCAAUUUAAUCAUAAAGAAGUAGCACAAGCUGCUUUAAAAGAAGCUAUUAUGAUGGCUCAAGAAGCUGGAGACAAUGUCUGCUUGCAAUUAGCACAUGCUUGGAUGUAUCAUUUGACUUCCAAACAAAAAGGACCAUUGAUAGAAAGGUCAGUUGGUAAAGCAAGUAUGUUAGGAAUAACUCAUACAACUGGAUUAGGUCUUAUCGCGUAUGCUCAUAAUUCUGCUUUAGAAGCUAAGAAUCCAUCUCAAGUAUUUGAGACGUUGAUGAAAUCUGAUGUUUUAAAUUGUCAGCAUUCUAUGAUAGAUUUAAUGUCAAUGACGUAUGCGGAGAAAUCUGCGUUAUGGGCGUAUUAUGGUAAAACUGAGAUGUCUUCAGUCUGUGCUCAGUUAUUACUUUUACAUAAUACAGGUGAUAAGAAGCAGCAUAUGUUUAAUGGACCAUCUACUUGCCAAGCUGUUGUUAAUAUUGCAAAUAUCUUAGUAGAAUUUGGAGAAUAUUUUUUAGUUGACAUUGUGAUUGCUCAUGCUAAAGAAAGAUUCCCUAAUGAACCAUGUAACAAGAUCUGGAUGUUAAGUGAGCAACUUUAUGUGUUCACACAAUUAAUGAGACAAGAAAAAUGGGGUGAGGCUGAAGCAAUUGCGUUAAAUAUUUCAAGCUUAGAUCCUUUAGAAAGUAAAUUUAGAUUAGCAGAAGUUUGUUUGGAAAAAGGAGAUUAUCCAAGAGGAUUGGAAUAUAUUGAUAACAUUGAAAAAGAUGAACAAUUAACACCUCAAAAUAAAAUAAGAGCUAUGAUUUUAUUAAGUCAAAUAAUGUGUGCUUCUGUUUCACCAGAGAGUGGAAUUGUAGGAGUUAAUUCGUUGGUUCUUUUAAAUAGGGCACUAGAAUUGGCAAUAAAAAAUUAUUUAUCUUAUUAUAAAGCGUUAAUAAAAAUGCAUCUUGCAAACAUUCAGUUAAUAAUGGGUAUGCCGACUUUAGCAUUAAAUUUAGUAGAAGAAUCAAUUACGCAAAUUUUAGCACAUGGAGGAUAUUAUGAUCAAGGUAGAGCGUUUGUUUUAUAUGCAAAAUGUUUAGUUGCUACUGCUCCAAUGUGUGAAAAAACGCGAAAAGGAGUAAUCUUAAAAGCUAUUAAAGCACUCUCAAAGGCGAAAAAUUAUUUUACUAAAAUUGAAGCAUAUGGAAGAUUAAGACUUACCUUGUGUUUAGAAUCUUUACUGUACCACGAGAUCGAUCUUCAAACUGAACGAAAUCAAUGUGCUUUCGAAUUUCGUCAACUAGAUCAACAGCUUCUUACAAAAUUGGAUAAUUUAUCUCUAUAUUGAAGAAAUCAGGGAAAAAAUUAUAGGAACAAAUGUAUAGAAUUGAAGUACUUGUUUGUAUUAAGGAACGGAACAUUCAAAUAUACAGUAUUUUUGUAAAUAUCCUGCUUUUUCAUUUAUAUACGAAAGCAUUAGGCAUUCAUGGAUUGAAAUUAAAAAUAAUUAAUAUUAAUAAUAGUAUUCGUAUGACUAUUGCCAUAGAUUAUCUGUACACUAUAACUGUAUUUUCCAAAACAAAUUACUCACGUAAAAUGUUCUGUGUGUGUACGAGUGUGAGAAUAAUUGUUCAUUGUAAUUUUGUUGUAAAGGGGAAAUGAAGAGUCGAACAAUGACAAGUAUACAAUAGAAACAUUUAUUCGUAGAAUCCGCUGCGAAGGUACAACGGAAUUUUUGAUAUUCUAAAGUUUCUUACCUACUCCCUGUAUGGGAGUUAGGUAUAAUCCAUACGAGUUAUCUUCAUUUUUCGUUUAUCAUCCGAUAUCAAGUUUUUUCUUUUUUUUUUUUUUU